AUGGGGGGGGGGUCUCUCUCUUCCGCUGUCGCCGUCGCAGAUCGUAAUCCGUUGCCUCCUCCUGCUGUAGAUUCUGUAGUAGGUGAGGCGGAGAUCGGUGAGCGCAAGCCCAACCAGGAAGGUAAGAAGGAGUGCAUGGGUGUGAAGCCCAUGGAAUUGGAGGACGAAUUUGCCCAUCCGAGGGACAUCGACUCGGAAUCAAGUGGCAGUGUUGCGUCGGUCCGGAGCCAAAGACUCUGGAGAAGACAUGCUCGCUCCAAAGACAGUUGCUCGGUACUUACUAGCGAGACCGACGAACCGGCCCCGAAAGCCGUUACAACAGACGGCCGUGGAAGGGGGCGUCCGCCCUCGACCGGAAAGUAUGUCGGCUUGAGAAAGGCGCAGAUGGAGCGCGAUAAACUCAAGCGAGAGGAGGCGCGCCAGAAAGCAGAGGAGGAGCUGGAGGAGCGGCUUCGAUUUGUAAAGUCGCCGAUGCCUCCAAAAGCGGCAGACUUGGACGAGGACCGCCCUAUUCUAAAAGAAGAUCUAAGGCAAUGCAGCCAGAAGGUUCGCUCCGUAUUAAGGAAGUCCGGUAAUCUGAAGAGCACUUCCCGACAACCCGAGUCUGCUGCCAUGGCGCGCCUCGAGGGCGAGGCGAGGAAGUGGCGAGAAAGAAGCGCCCGCCUGGAGGAUAGUGUAAAGCGCCUGGAAGAAGAAAACGCCACCCUCCGCCGUCGACUGGAGGACCUGGAGGCGUCCGCCGCCAAGACCUCGACAGAAGAAAUGCUGGCAAUGGUGGAGGCAAGGGUGCAGGCCAGAAUGGAGUCGCUCCUCAUGGGACCAGCACAGCGACCCCCUCUGGCCCACGAGAAAAAGUCAACCCCUGGGGACAUACAGCUCCCCGUGACGGGUGGUGUUGUAGGAGGAGCUGCCCAACUCAAUCCGACGAAAGGAAAGGGAAUGAGGAAAGGGAAGAGAGUAGCCCAAAUCCCUACUCCAAUACCUGCCCUAGUAGCCGAACCCCCUAGUGCACCGACGCAGACCAUUGCGGGACCUUCAACGGCAUCAGCAACCACGUCAGCAACGCCUACUGGUAAACAGAAGAAGAAAGCUCCUGCAAAGAAGAUGGCACCAGCUCGAAAGGGAAGGGAAACAACGAACGACUCUGAAGUCCAAGCCACUCCGGAUCCCCGACCACUGCCACCGGCCCCUGCAACCAUGGAGACACCGUGGGUUGUGGUGGCCAGCAGAAAGGCUAAAAAGCCGAUUCCCGCAGCAGCGCCUACUGCGAACCCGCAGUCACGGCAGCCAGCGCGCCGGGCAGAGCCCAAGCUGCGACCGCCACGAUCCGCGGCAGUCAUAAUCUCCUUGACACCGGCGGCAGUGGCCAAGGGUUUGUCUUAUAAGGGAGUUCUGAUGGAUGCCCAAAGUAGAGUGGACCUCACCGGCUUAGACAUCACUAGGCUGAGGCCAAAGUUUACAGCUACGGGCGCCCCGAUGUACGAGGUGCCCGGCGCCAACUCAGAAGAGAGGGCCGACUCCCUCGCCGCGAGGCUGAGGGAGUGCUUUGGUGGGUCGGAAGACGUGAAGAUAUCCCGACCCACAAAGACUGUCGAACUACGGCUGACAGAGCUGGAUUAUACUGCAACCCCAGAGUCAGUCGCAGCGGCCCUCUCUAAGGCCGGUGAGUGUCCUACAGAGGCAAUUAAGGUCGGGCAGAUUCGUCCCGACCGCUCAGGGGUGGGCACGGCGUGGGUCAAAAUGCCCAUCAAGGCGGCCCUGAAAGUUAAGGGGGCGGGCCGAAUAUUAAUCGGCUGGACCGCAGCUCGGGUGACUGUGCUCGAAACGCGGCCCAUGCGGUGCUUUCGAUGCUUGGAGCCCGGGCACGUCAGAGAGUGUUGCGACUGCUCAGUAGACCGCAGCGAACUUUGUUACCGCUGUGGUCAGACGGGUCACAAGGCCCGUGAGUGUAAAGCCGCGCCGAAUUGCGUAAUCUGCGCGGCCUCGGGCAAGCCCGCCGGGCACCGACUCGGGGGGAAGGCAUGCACCGCCUCAUCCCGCCGCAACCGGCGCCGCCCCCGCUCCCAGAGAAGAAUUGUUGCUGUCACCGCUGAGGCUCCGACCCAGCCGCAGGCAGCGAGCCCACCGCUAAGGUUGACGGAGAUGGAUGUGGAAGAAAUCGCCCAACAAUAA